AUGAUGGAAUUGAGUCGUCCAAUAAGUCGUGUGGAUGUUUGCGAUUUUAACGAUAUUCGUCAUCAUGUUUUAUCAUCGUCCUCAAACAAUCUUUAUCGAAUAAAUAAUGAUUCAACUAUUAAUAAUGUAUUUCUAUAUACUAAACAGACACCCAUGACAUAUAAAGAUUUACGGAUGUUUAUGACUAAUAAACUUCCAUCCAAUAUCAUGAUAUUACCAUCUUAUUCUGUUAACAAACGUAGAUCACGCUCACGAACAAGCAAUAAUUCAUCAGUAUUGAAAGACCAUGAUGAUUUAACAAGGCUAGAUGUAAAAACCUUUUAUGAACGUAAAAAAACAAAUGAAGUUUAUCAUAAAAUACUAUCACGUCGUUCGAAUUCGACUUUAGUACAUUCAGAUAGUCGAUGUUCAAUUACAUCAUCAAAUACACCCAAUGAUGAUAUGAUUAUUCAUCAAUUUUAUGAUUUUGAUUCGAAUCCAAACAAGAGAACAGUGUACAAUGACUAUUCAUCAAUAAUAAAGAAUGGUAAAUCAUCAUCAAAAUUAAAAAAUCGACAAAUACAAUCACCAUUGAUUUCAUCUGAACUUUUCUUACCGCAUAUUAAUGAUGACGAAAAUACAUCUUUGAGAAUACAACACUCACAAAAACUUUACAACAGAAAUAUGACUCCAAUAACACCAACUUCUAAUAAUAUGUCCGUACUAAGAUUUGAAGCAUCGCAAAAACAUCAGAGAGGGCAAAUCACUAAGGAAAAACAAGUAUCUAGUAGUGCAUUCGAACUAGCACAUCCAAAUACGCCUGUAGGAAGUAAUGAGAAUAGUAGAAUAAAGAUGAUAUGUGAAUCGACACAGAUUACAUCAUCACUAUUACCAGAUGGAAGAAAAAUCAAACUUCUCGAUGUUUAUAUGCCGAAAAUGAGUUUUUAA